CUGGUAUGGAUAACGCAAAUGCCAACUCGGAAACACUCAAUGGCAUUCCCCGCGAAGCACACGACAUCUCCAUGACCGACGCCCCGACAGCCCCUUCAGCGCCACCAUCCCAACCACACCUCCAGGAACCAACCCCAGCGAUCCACAUUCCCACACAGCCGCAACCGCAACCACAGCAGCAGCAGCAGCAGCAGCAGCAAUCCACUUCCCGUGCGCCUUCGCUACACCCCGACCCCGCGGCAUCCACCGCUAGCUCCUCGACAACAGGGCCGACAAUGCCGACCGAAGCGAUUCCCCACGGCGCGCCCGUGCGCCAGUACAUCAACAGCAAGAUCACGGGCGUUUUACUUGAGGGUAUCAAGAUUGUUGCGCGGGAGCAGCCCAAGGAUCCACUGCGGGUGUUGGGGGAGUUUCUGCUACAGAGGAGUAAGGAGUUGGAGGGGAAGGACGGUGUCGCAGCAUCUGGGCCAUGAGUAGUCAACUAGCUAGGAGGGUGUAACAUAGGAGGAGGGCACGAAGGCGGUCCGGCAGCGGAGGGAAGACGGUAUGAUUGGGAGGAGAUAAUCACGACAGAAGAUUCUAAAGACGUCGUCGGCGUACGGAAAGGUGAAAAUCAUCUAGGCGAGGGCAGAGUGAGGAUUGCAUAAUCAUGUUUGCAAGGUAGCGUUUGAUCACUGAAAAGCUGAGGCAAUGCAUUGCAUAUGUAUCCUCCGUCAUCGUCGCUCAUCAUCCCAUGCUUUUCACGCCCGGGAGACAGCAAUACCCUGCGCCUAUUGCAUUACUCUAUAAUGCAAAUUUCAUUUCCAUUCC